AUGUCGAACAGCUCAGCAUCACUACACAUACACGAGACGAGAAUGACGUUUGAGGCAAUGAUACACGAUCAGGUGGCAAUGAAGGACCCCCUAGGAGCCCACAUCGAUGCUUCGGGAUUGAUCCGAUUAGGAUUUCGUCUUCUCCUGCUGUUUUCCAUACUUCGAUGGCAGAAAAGCUACGACGAGCUGAAACAGCUGCUGCUAAAAGAGCGAUUUCUUGCAGAUGACGAACUAAAUGCAUAUCUGCUUGAGCGGCUUGGACCAAGAGGAUUGGAGCGAUCUCGAACUACCUUUCUGAGGCUUUGUCCAACAGUUUCCCAAUGUGGCAUUGUGCCACCAUUUAUUCACUACGAAAGUCGACAAAUC